UGGUCAUAGUAUCGUAAUGAUAAUUUUAAUUUCUUAUGCUAACUCUACAGUUACAUUAAGAUCAAAUAAAGGAAAAAUAUUGGGCAGAAAGUUGAAAACAAUUUUUGCGAAUAAACCAUAUGUUGCAUUUUACGAAGUACCGUAUGCUGAGCCACCAAUAAAUGCGUUGAGAUUUAAGCCUCCGAAAGAAAUCAGACACGAUAUUUUUCAAUUAAAUAAAACAAAUAACAAUUUUGACUCUAGUUUGAAUAACGAAGAUUGCCUGUAUCUGUCAAUUUACACACCUCUAACAAAAAAUAAAACAGAACAGUUCCCAGUUCUAGUGUGGACCCAUGAAUAUUCAAAUUGCCAUGGACCUGACUUUUUUAUAGAGGAGGAUGUGAUACUAGUGACAGUUUCAUUUCGGUCUGCUAUAUUCGGCUUCCUAAACACUGAAGAUGAUUAUGCUAAAGGAAAUAUGGGGGCUAAAGACAUAUUGAUGGCGGUAAAAUGGGUGCGUGACAACAUAAGUCUUUUUAAUGGAGAUCCAAAUAGACUUACGAUUAUUAGUUCUGGAAAAGCUUCUACGGUUGUUGCAUCAAUGUUGUUAUCGCCAGCUGCUGAGGAUUUGUUCACAAGAGCUAUAAUUUUAGAUGGUAGCGCAUUAUCACCUGCUGACUAUAGACCUUAUCACAACAAUGAAGUACUUCAAAAAAUAUAUUGGAGAUUGAAAGGACGUAUGGAUAAGUUUGAUAAAAAAGAGCUAUAUCAAUUUCUCGGUAAUGCUUCCUUCAAUGAAUUGUUAUUAGCAAGCUGUAACCUUUACGAUAGCUCUGAAGUAAGAGAUAACCAAAGAUUGAUUAACCCUUUCAGCUGUUCAGUAGAAGCUGUAAUGAAGGGGGCAUUUAUGAGCUAUCAUCCAUUACAUGUUUACGAAAGUAAAUUAGUUAAUACUAAUAUUGAUGUAAUAUUUGGGUAUACAACUCUACCAAAUUUGUAUAAAUUACAAGGUUUAUCAAAGAAUAGAAAACUUUUGAAAUAUUUGAAUUAUAAUUUUCAAUACCUAUUGCCGUUCGAAGGAAUUUGUGAUGAAUAUGGUUCGAAACGGUAUAAGAGGAUUAGGAAACAAAUAAUGGAUUUUUAUUUCGUAAAUGGUACCAUAACGGAAAGAAGUUUGAGAAGAUAUGCAAAGUAUCUUUCAGAUCAAAUAAUAUAUCCUUUGCUCCGUCAAGCUUUGUUACAUAGUAAAACACGAAGUAAUGUUUACUUGUGCAGAUUUGCUUAUCAGGGAUCGUUAAAUAUUGGCUGGAAGUCAUCGGUGCCUAAUUUGAAAUGGGCAGGAGCUACAUUGGGGGACGAAAUCUGCUACCUAUUCAAAUGCAAAUCAAAAACAGACGACUAUAAAAGACAUGAAGCAUCGAAUGAAAGACACUUUGUUAAGAAAAUUGUCAGGCUAUUCGCAAAUUUUGCUAAAUACGGAAAUCCUACUCCUUGCCCUAGUGAUAAUAUUUUAGGCAAUUUGCAAUGGAAUCCAUUGAAAAGGGAUAAAAAAUUACAAGCGAUGAAUUUGGGGCGAAGUUUAAGAAUGAUCGAGGUCCCUGAGGAGGAAAGGAUGAACUUUUGGGAUCAAUUAAGGGUAGAGUUAUUUCAAAAUUAGUUUUCCUUUUCGCCUGAAGAAACUCUGCUGCUGAAAUAGUGAAAAUAAUUUCAUUAGGUAAUUGAUCA